AUGCCAACAUCUAACGAUACUGAUGGCUCUGUGUCCAGAAAGAACACUCUUUCAAAGAUGAAGAAAUUCUUUGGCGCGGGGAGCACCACCACAGACACCGCGAAGAAACUCAAUAAUUCGAACGCUCAAGGGUCAGGGUCCCCCAAAUUGGGUUCCCCCUUGCAAAAGGGGAGUUUUUAUAUUGGCGGUAUCGAGAGUGAGUUGAGAGCCGUCUCACCCACUCACUCUAACUCAUCCGUACUCUCUCUGUCCAAAAAGAUAGAUAACAAUUUGACCCCGAAAUCCUUGUCCUCGUCGUCGACAGCAUCCCUGGGUUCAAACACUUCCUCAAAGGCCCCCAAGAAGACUCAGCAGAGGAAGAAGGCAUCACCACCACCGCCCGCUACCAUCAACCCAGUGCAGAGUCCAACAAGUGUCACGACUUCGCCCAAUGGGUCGCUAGUAGAUAUUUCGGUCCCCAAUGCUAAAGCGUCUCCACAGUGUAAAAGGUUCAUCGUGUUCGAAAAUGGGAGACACGAACACCAUUUGAAGAACGCAAAGAGACAGGAGAAAUUGACCUCGAUGUUGAAGAAUAUGGUCGGUGCGCAGAAAUUGAGGAACGAGGCGAGAUCAGCAGUGCCCGACAUCAUACAAGGUGGGAAAGCGGCAAGUAGAACCGCUAACUACCCUCCCACUCUGAUCUCCGGGUUGGUCAAACAACUGGAACAGAACAGUGAUAGGAACGCGAGGGGGGACCACCCGAUUAGUGGCGCGUCCAACGUCGGUGAGGAGAAACCCCUCAAGAGGAGUAAAGUCCCGGGUGCGGCACCGGCACCAGUGGAACAGAAGGACUCGAGGUCGUUUGCGGAGAAGUACGGCAGGUGUCAGGAGGUGCUAGGUAAAGGCGCCUUCGGGGUGGUCAGGAUAUGUCACAAGAAACCCAUGAGUAAAAUGGAGGGGGAGAAACUGUUUGCAGUGAAGGAAUUCAAAAGGAAGAGCUCAGAACCAGUCGACAAGUACUCCAAGAGACUCACCUCCGAGUUUUGUAUCUCCUCCUCAUUGCACCAUCCAAAUAUCGUCGCCACCCUAGACCUCUUCCAGGACGCGAAGGGCGACUACUGUGAAGUAAUGGAGUACUGUGCUGGUGGCGACCUGUUCACACUCAUCAUUGCGUUCGGGAAACUGGAGUACAUGGAGGCAGACUGUUUCUUCAAACAACUAGUCAGAGGCGUCGUGUACAUGCACGACAUGGGCGUCUGUCACAGAGACUUGAAACCUGAAAACUUGCUUCUCACAUCAAACGGGAUCGUCAAGAUCACCGAUUUCGGGAACAGCGAAUGUUUCAAGAUGGCGUGGGAGAAGGAUAUACACCUCAGCGGCGGCGUCUGCGGGUCCACGCCCUAUAUCGCCCCGGAGGAGUACACACACAAGGAGUUCGACCCAAGGCCAGUGGAUAUCUGGGCCUGUGGUGUCAUCUACAUGGCUAUGAGAACAGGGAGGCAACUGUGGAACGCAGCGAAGAAAGACGACCAUUUCUACAUGAAGUACCUCAGGGGGAGAAGGGAGAAGGACGGGUACGAACCCAUAGAACACCUCAAGAGGGCAAGGUGCAGAAACGUCAUAUACUCGAUGCUGGACCCGGUGCCGCACAGAAGGAUCACUGGUAAGCAGAUUUUGAACAGCGAGUGGGGGAGGGAGAUGAAGUGCUGUACGGACUCGCAUCUCAGGAAACCGACCUCCUAA